AUGUUACAUGGUGAUGAUUCAUGCAUUGAUGGUGGUGAAAAUGAAGACGAAACUGAAAACCAUAGAGAUGUGGAGGUGGACUUUAAUGAGGAUGAAGACACUAUGAACAUAACAAAGGGUGAUGAUUUUCUAUCUGAAUUAUUUAGUGAAGAUGAAGAAGCAAAUGAUAAUAACAUAGGUGAUGAUGCUGAUGGGGGUGAAGUGGAGGCAAAUGGUAGAGAAGCAGUCAAUGAGGGUGGAGACAAUGAUGUAGUGAAUGAGGGUGGAGACAAUGUCAAUGUUAGUGAGGUUCCUGUGCAACAAGACUAUGAUGAGGUGGAACUCACUCCUUUACUAAUUGAUGCAUCAGGAAAUGGAAAACCUAGUGAGGUGCAUGUGCAACAACAGGAGGCUGUGGAAAGACCAAUUGCAACCCUUUUGAAGAAAAUCAGAAGGAAGAAAUCUGAAAGGAUUAUCAAGCUGAAGCUCGGCAAGAGAGUUGGUGAUGAAGAUGCACCUAGGAAUUCAAUAUCUAAAGCUCUUAGUCUAGAUUAA